AGUGACUGGGUCAAUGGAUGGAAGUGGGGGGAUGUGAGGGGCCAGCUGGGGUGAUGGCUCAGGCAAUGGAUGGACAUGGGGGGCUAUGGGGGCAGCUGGGGUGAUGGAUGGAGGGGGGGGCUGUGGACGGAGUGGGGGGCAAUGGAUGGAAGUGAAGGGCUGUGGGGGAGGGCAGCUGCCCCCCAGCGCCAGGCCGCGCUGACCCCCAGCUCUGCUGCUCCCAACCAGAUGCACCUGGUGGAGGAGAAGCCCAGCGAGGACCUGACCCCCAAGAUCCGAUGCAGCGACAACUGCGAUCCCGACAAGCUGGGCUCUGACCAGAGCUGCCUGCGCCGGAUCCACGAGGCCCUGCGGCAUUACCGCGCCCUGCUGGGCUCCGACGUCUUUGACGAGCUGAGGGGCCCAGCUGACAGCCCCAUGGCCGCGCUGCAGAGGGCCCUGGUCCAGCUGACCAGCCUCGUCCAGAUCGGCAGCUUCGCCGAGGGGUCAGGAACCCCACCGCCGCACAGCCAGCCCUGGGAACGGCCCCUGAUCCAGCACCGGAUCCUCCGCCAGCUCUGCUCCUUCUCGGCCGUGAUGGCGCGGGUCUUUGCCCACAGCGCGGCCACCCACUAAGCUGAGGGGGAGCAUUUAUCCAGGAGCGACGGAGCCGACUGCACCCCAGCCCCAGUGGACCCCCGGCUCCCGUCCGGUGCAGCGAGCCCAGCCCCACUUCUGGACUCUUAUGGUUGUUGUAACCCCCCCCCCGUAUUUAUUGCCCGGCCAGCGGGUUAUUUAUGAGCAGCCGCUGUGUAUUU